CGAAAGCAAGCGGAAGCAGUAAACAGACAUCGGGGUUAGCCUUCAGUGCUACCUGAGUUAUUAUUUUGUAUUAGUAUGAUUUUUAGCCUUUUUUGAACAGGUUUGCAGGGUCUUUUUCAGCUGGACUGCGCCUGCCGGAGUGGCCUAAAAUGAAAUAAUCUUCUGGCUGCUGACUGUGAGAGAAGACGAGAAGUAUGAAAAGGCAUGAGCCAAAGCAAGAUGAGGAAGUUAAAGAUGAUUAUGCAAAAAGGCCCAGAAGAACCUCAACAGAGUCAGAGGAUGAGGUGUCAUCAUGCAGCCAGAUCACGUGAGACAACAGAAGAAGGGUCAGGAAAAGCAGAUUCACCUGUUCGCAGCUGUGUGUCCAUGAAGAGUGAUGCAUCCUUUGAUUGCGAGGACAGCUUUUGUCAUGGACAAAAGAGCACUGGAAAAAGUGCUGAAACAGGGAGACCACAGUCACCAUCUCCUAGUUAUAUCUCCAUGAAGAGUGACAAGUCAUUGGACCGACCAAUAAAGUUCAACCAGGGAGAAAAGAGCAGUGGACGAAAUUGGCCAACCUCAACAACAGCACCACAGGGAUAUACACGGCGAGACACGGCUGGACACCACAAGGAGAGACUCUGCCCAGAGCACAAGAUGCCAAUGGAAGUGUUCUGCAAGACAGACCAGACCCUGAUCUGCAAAGAGUGUGCAACUCUGACACACAGAGGCCACAAGAAAAGCUAUACCACAAGAGCCAGGGUACUCCAGGAGCUCAACACGGCGUCUUUACUUGAGCAAACACUGAUCAACAUAGACAAGAAUGAGUUUAUGAAUUAUCUCUAUCAAAAUUGUCCUGAAUACUUUGAGUCUCCUCAGGAGGCUCAUGAUGUCCACAAAGCAUCUGAACUUGUUCUGAAGAGCUUUGGCUCAGAGGGUGCUCUAAAGAUAGUCUUGAAGUUCAUGCUGGACAAAGGGAAACACAUACAGGAUCGUCUUAAGUCUAGUCUACAAGAUCAUCUUAAAUCUAAAUUUGAGUGCAUACGUGAGGGAAAUGCUCAACAAGGAAAUCCAAUCCUUUUAAAGGAGAUCUUCACAGAGCUGCUGAUCACAGAAGGAGGGAGUGGAGAUGUCAAUAAAGAACAUGAAGUCAGAUUGAUCGAGGAAGCAUCAAAGAGCAACGGCAUUCGAGAGAAUGCAAUAAAAUGCAAUGAUAUCUUCAAACCUUUACCCGGACAGAGAAAACGCAUCAGAACUGUGCUCACAAAGGGCAUCGCUGGAAUUGGGAAAACAGUCUCUGUGCACAAAUUCAUCCUGGACUGGGCAGAAGGGAAGGCAAACCAGGACAUCCACUUCAUGUUUCCACUCCCUUUUCGUGAUCUGAAUUUGAAGGGAAAUGACAAGUACAGCUUAAUUCAACUUCUUCAUCAGUAUUUUCCAGAACUCAAAGAACUACAAACUAUUAGAAGCGAGGAAGUACAGACUGUGUUUAUCUUUGAUGGUCUGGACGAGUGCCGACUUCCUCUUGAUUUUAAGAACAAUGAAUUGUGUUGUGACCCUACAAAGAAAAUGUCUGUGGAUGCUCUGCUAACAAAUCUCAUUCAGGGGAAUAUACUUCCCUCUGCUCUCCUCUGGAUAACCUCCCGACCAGCAGCGGUCAGUCAGAUCCCUCCUGAUUGUGUUGACCAGGUUACGGAGGUCCAAGGAUUUAAUGAUUCUGAAAAAGAGGUCUACUUCCAGAAAAAGUUCAGUGAACCGGGCCUUGCUGGCAGAAUUGUUGCACACAUAAAGUCUUCAAGGAGCCUUCACAUUAUGUGCCACAUUCCAGUCUUCUGUUGGAUAUCUGCCACAGUCCUGGAGAAAAUGUUAGAUAAACCAGACUGUGAAGAAGUGCCUAAAACUCUGACUCAGAUGUACACCCACUUUCUUCUUAUUCAAACUCAAAUGAAGAACAAGAAGUAUCAUGGAGUGAUUCGGGACGAAAUAGACCUGAUGGAAUCAGACAAGGAGAUGAUCACAAAACUAGGAAAGCUAGCAUUUCUGCAAUUGGAGAAGGGGAAUCUGAUUUUCUAUGAAAAAGACCUGACAGAAUGUGCAAUUGAUGUCAACAAAGCAUCCGAGUACUCUGCAAUUUGUACAGAAAUCUUCAAAGAAGAGCUUGGAUUGUACCGGACGAAGGUCUUCUGCUUUGUACACCUGAGCAUUCAGGAGCAUCUUGCUGCAGUGUACGUGCAGCUCAGUUUUGUGAACAGCCACAUAAACAUACUCAGUCAAGACUCAGAGAGUCAGAGCAGUAACUCAAAGAUGUCAGAUUUGCACAAGAGUGCAGUGGACAGAGCGUUGCAGAGUGAGAACGGACACUUUGACCUUUUCCUUCGCUUUCUUCUUGGUCUCUCAGUUCAGUCCAAUCAGGUUCUUUUAAGAGGAAUACUGUCAAAAACUUGUGUGGAAAGUUUGGAGGAAACUGUGAACUACAUUAAGGAGAAGAUCAGAAAUGAGUCUUCAGCAGAAAGAACCAUCAAUCUGUUAAACUGUCUGAAUGAAUUGAAUUACAACUCCUUGAUGGAAGAAAUCCAGAGUUUCUUGAGAUCAGGCAGAUAUUCUCAGACAGAGCUCCAACCCGACCAGUGCUCUGCUCUGGCCUAUGUGCUGCUAACUUCAGACGAUGUGCUGAAUGAAUUUGACCUGAAGAUGUGCAACACAUCUCCUGAAGGAUACCGCAGAUUGUUACCAGUUGUCAAGACUUCAAGAAGAGCCAUCCUUGCUGGUGUCAAUCUCACAGAUGAAUCAUGUGAAACUCUGGCUUCAGUUCUCCAAUCAUCUAACUCACACCUGACAGAACUGGAUCUCAGCUCCAACAAUCUGGGAGAUCUAGGAGUCAAGUUUCUCUGUGCUGGGCUCUCAGAUCCGCAUUGUAAACUAGAGAAACUGAAUCUCAGUCACAAUAAGCUAGAAGACAUAGGAGUGAAGCUGCUUUGUGAAUGUCUGAUGAGUCCACACUGUAAGCUGCAGACACUCAGUUUAGCUGGCACCAGCUUCUCAGAACGAUCUUGUGAACUGAUGGCCUCAGUUUUCCAGACUGUAAAUUCACGAGUGAAACAGCUGGAUCUUGGCUGCAACAACAGGAAAGACUCUGGAGUAAAGCUGCUUUCUGCUGGACUGAAAAGUUUACACUGUAAACUAGAGAAACUUGUGUUGGACAGAUGUGACCUGAUGGAUAAUUCUUGUGAAGGUUUGACAGCUGUUCUGCAGUCACCCAGCUCAUGCAUGAAAGAGCUUAAUCUCAGCUACAAUAAGCUGGGAGACUCAGGAAUGAAGUGGCUCUGUGAUGGACUAACACAUCCAAACUGCAAACUGGAGAAACUUGAUCUCAGCUACAAUAAUCUUGGCCAUUCUGGAGUUAAAGUUCUCUGUGCUGGACUGAUGAACCCAGACUGUAAAUUGAAGAAUAUAAGACUUGCUAACAUUGGCAUUCUGGAGGGGACAUGUGAAACUCUCGCCUCAGUUCUAGAGUCAGCAAAUCCACACCUGAGAGAGCUGGAUCUCAGCAACAAUUACAUUGGAGAUUCAGGAGUGAAACUGCUAUGUCCUGGACUGCAGAGCCCAAACUGCAAACUAGAGAAACUGAGUCUGUGCUGGUGUAAUCUCACAGACAGAUGCUGUUCAAAUCUAGCCUCAGUGUUGAGUUCACUCUCUCACUUGAGAGAACUGGAGCUGAGAGACAAUGACUUGCAGGAUUCAGGUGUGAAGCAGCUUUGUGCUGGUCUUCAGGAUCCACAGUGCACACUGCAGAAACUAAGUCUUUCAGGGUGUUGUGUUACAGAAGAAGGUUGUUCUGCUCUAGGUUUAGCUUUGAGCUCAAAUCAUUCAGAGCUAAAAGAGCUUGACCUCAGUUAUAAUCAUCCUGGAGAACAAGGGUUGAGACAGCUGGCCACCAUACUGGAUGAUCCAUGCUGUAAACUGGAGAAACUGAAUGUGGAAUACUGCAGUGAGUUCCGAAACAAACCAGGACUGAAGAAAUAUGCCUAUGACAUCACAUUUGACCCAAACACAGCACACCGAACCCUGUCUCUGACUGGGAACAAAAAGGUGACAAAGACGAAAAGGGAGCAGCCGUACCCUGACCACCCAGACCGGUUUGAGUACUAUGGUCAGGUGUUGUGUAGGGAAAGCUUGUGUGGGGCUCGGUUCUACUGGGAAGCUGAGUGGACUGGUAAAGCUGUUUAUGUAGGGGUGACUUACAAAGGGAUCAACAGGAAAGGUCGUGGGACAGAUUGCAGACUGGGGACAAAUAACAAAUCUUGGAUUCUGUUCUGUUCAGAGGACUAUGGGUGUUAUGUCAGUUACAAUGCCAAAGAGGCUGUCAUUCCUUCUCCGAGCCCCUCCAAAAGAAUGGGGAUCUAUCUGGACUGGCAAGAUGGCACACUCUCCUUCUAUAUCAUUUCCCCAGACAGAGCAUACCACACAUAUACAUUUCACACCACCUUCACCGAGCCCUUGCAUCCAGGCAUCAGCGUUUAUAACUAUGAUGAGACAGUCAUAUUAUGUGAGAUAAAAUAAUACAUGGACGCACAUUUUAAGGAGUGGAGCUUAUGUCUCUUUAAUUAUCAGUUUAUGAUUCAUCAGUUUAGUAGACAAGCAGAGCUUCUCCACCAUUCCUCAGUCCACAUUUUGUGAUUAUCUAAUUCAGAUAAGCUAGAAUUCAACAGUUUCGUAGCAUAUGGAUCAAAGACAUAAUACAUUACAUUACAAAGAUAUAAUACAAUACAACAUUCAUGGUCAUGGUCAUAGAUUAUUAUUUUAUGUACCAUUAAACUCUACCAUUACCAUACCUUCCUUACAAUAAUGUUAUGAUGAGUGGCAAAAUAAAG